GAUAGUAAACAGAAGGUUUCCCCAUCUACCCACGUGCCAGCUUCUGUAGCAACAACAACAUCAGCAGAGUGUCAAACUUGUUGCUUUUGGAACCCAUGUAAUGUCAUUUUUGCGUGGAAAAUCCACGAUUUGAUUUCACAGAACAUGGGCAAGAAAACUAAGACAGAAAAAAAGGGAAAGGGUAAAGAGAAAACAGCGGCGAAAACGGAGAAGAAAGCUGACAAGCGAGCCAAGAAGGAACUUGCUGAGAAAGGGGAGGAGGACAUUGAAAAGCUCAUUGCUGAGUUUCAGGAACAAGAUAAGAAGAGAGUUCAGGUUGUUGAAGAAAAAUGCGCUCCACCAUCACCAAGAUCAAACAUGACGCUGACGGCUCACCCAGACAAGGACGAGCUGAUUAUGUUUGGAGGGGAGUACUUCACUGGGAACAAGAUGCACAUGUACAAUGACCUGCUAUUUUAUAAUAUAAAGAAGAAUGAGUGGCUGAAGAUGACAGCUCCAAAUGCCCCUCCGCCGAGAAGUUCUCACCAGGCAGUGGGUUUGAGCCAAGGAGGGGGUCAGUUGUGGGUGUUUGGAGGAGAGUUCUCUAGCCCCACCCAGUCACAGUUCUAUCACUACAAAGACCUGUGGGUGUUCCAUUUGAGAGAGAAGCGAUGGGAGAAAGUCAAUUCUCCUGGAGGUCCAUCCUCUCGUAGUGGACAUCGUAUGGUCAGCUUGAAGAAACAUCUUUUUGUCUUUGGUGGUUUCCAUGACAAUAUUCGGGAUUACAAGUACUUCAGUGACGUGUACAUGUUCAGCCUGGACACAUACUCCUGGACUAAGCUUGACGUGUCAGGGGUAGGCCCCUCCCCUCGCUCUGCCUGUCAGAUGGCCGUCCUCCCAGAGCUGCGGAGAAUGUACGUGUUAGGUGGUUACAGUAAAGAGAAGGUGAAGAAAGACGUGGAUAAGGGUAUCGUGCAUUCUGACCUCUUCUGCCUAAUGCCUGAAGGCAGAAAAACACAGGACGAUUUGCUGCCGGCCAAGUGGAAGUGGCAAGCUGUGAGCCAGUCUGGUGCUCGCCCCUCGCCUCGCUGUGGAAUGAGCUGGGCUGUCAUCUCUGGGAACAGGGCACUGGCUUAUGGAGGUGUUCAUGAUGAAGAAGACGGCGAUGAGGAUCUGCAAGGAGUAUUUUAUGAUGAACUUUACUGUGUGGACAUAGGCAAGGGAAAAUGGUUUGACGGUGUGCUCAGGGGAAAGAAAGAGGUUACAGUAAAGAAAAAAAGAAGGAAAGUGAAAGAGGAAAAGGCAGGCAUGGUAGAAGAUGAUGGUGCAGAAGAGUAUGAAGAAGUGGAUAGCGAAGACGAGGUCAAUAUGCAGGUUCCAGAGGAGGGCAUUGAGAACUUGAAUAUCGCUAGUGAAGAGGGUAAUCCCUCAGAAACUUUGGACACAUGUCAGGAAAGAAUUCCAGCGGAUGGAAGAGAGACAACGUUUGAUGACGGUGUGUUUAAAGUCACUCUUGGAACUGGAAGCAGUACAAAUGCAGGGGAAGAAAGUGUGGCUGAUAUUAAGAGGACUGCCUCAGAUAUGGAUGUGGAUGUUUUCACGCCAAGUGCACGCAUGAAUGCUCUGUUAGCAGUGAAGAACGGUGUAUUGUACAUGUACGGGGGGAUAUAUGAGGAAGGAGACAAACAGGUGACUUUGUCCGACAUGUACUCAUUAGACACCCAUCGUCUGGAUGAGUGGAAGAUACUGAUAGAGCAGGAUAUUAAGGAACAGGUGUGGGAAGAAUCUGACUCAUCAGAUGAAGAGGGAGGUGGAGCUAAGGCUAUGGAGGGUGUGCCUGGAGAAAGUGAAGAAAGUGAUGAUGAAUCAGAUGGGGACAUGGAAUUAACAUUUGAAGAAGCUAUUCCACCAGACACUGGAGAACCGCUGGCCACAUAUUUCUCGCGGACUGAACAAUACUGGCUGGAACAAGCUCAGCUAUUCUCAGAUGCAGAAAAACUAGACUUGAAUUUGAAGCACCGCAAGCAGCUGGCUUUGGAUUUAUGUCAGAGUUAUAUGAAGAAACUGACUGCAUAAAUAACAUUCAUGUUUCUUGUUAUUUUUUUUAUUAAUUUACUUGCAGCAAGCAACCAGUAACAUUGAAAGUAGAAUGUGGUCUUACUCUGGUGCUUACAAUUGCAAACUUAAAAUGCACUUCCUCUGUGUUGGUCCGUGUUACUUGGACUUGACACCUGUUAAGGUAUUGCCCUUAACUAUGUAUUGUAUGAAAGGAUGCAGUGAAAGAAGAUAUCCUUGAAUAAUUUGGAUUUCUCAGUGUGAAAUCAUUUGAUAUUGCCUGCAUUGCCGGCAAGAUUGCAUAGUGUGAUAAAAAAAAAAUUUUUGGUGAGUGUUACGGCUAGCCUGUUUAAACUGGUACUAUGUCGUGGCAUCACCAUUAGGACUCACAGGCCGUUGGUUCAGCCUUGUCCCCAGGCAUGGCAUUGUCGAGGUUGCCCUGCCUGCAGUUUUCUUGGAGACCUUGAUGGCAGUAAGCAGUGUACAUAGCUUCAAUAACCUUUCAUGUAGUCUUGCAUGAAGUAUAAUGGGUUCUAAUUAUCUCCCACCAAAACUUCACGGGCUGUGUAUUUUGUCACUUGUUUUUAACUGUUAAUGAUGUUGGUGGCUCAGAGUAGCUACAUGUAAACUACCAUUAA